AUGGGGGAGGCGGCGGCGGGCGGCUCCGUGCCCCCGCUGCCGGCCGCCGAGGCGGCGGGCGGGCAGGUGAACGCGCUGACCGUGCUGGCCCUGCUGGAGAAGCUGGUCUCCAUGCUGGAGGCGGUGGGAAACAACCAGCGGCAGAUGGAGCAGAGGCAGCGCGGCUUGGAAGGGGCGGUGCGGGCCAUCCAGAGGGAUCUGGUGAAGCUGUGCUGUAGCCACGGAGCCACGGGGGAGGUGGUGGAGAAGCUGCUGGAGAAGUCGAGGAAGGUGUGCGCGCACACCCGGGCCGUGCGGGAGCGCCUGGACCGCCAGUGCGACCAGGUGCGGCGGCUGGAGCAGCACCACGCCCAGCUGCUCCGCCGGGACCGCUUCAAGGUGCUCAUCUUCCAGGAGGAAAAUGAGAUCCCUGCCAGUGUUUUUGCAAAAGAGCCCGUUCCUAGCAUUACAGAAGGAAAAGAGGAGCCUGUGGAUGAGAACAAAACACUGGAAGAAACUUUGCACACAGUGGAAUUGGGUUCAGAUGAUGAAAUGUUUCAUGAGGGAGAUGACUUAGAUGACAGUGCAGAGGAGAAAACAGAAGAAUCAAGAGCUGAGAAACUUAAAAGAUCCAGCCUCAAGAAGGUGGACAGCCUCAAGAAAGCAUUUUCCCGUCAAAACAUUGAGAAGAAGAUGAACAAGAUUGUGUCGCCUGAACGGAGAGAAAAGAUCAAGAAGUCCCUCACUGUGCAUCACCAGAAAUCCUCCUCUUCCAAGGGCUCGGCUUUCAAAGUGUCUCCCCUCACGUUCGGCACAAAGAAAGGCCGUGAAGGAGAAAGCCCCGCGGAAGCUGAGGACAGACCAUCAGAAGCUGCAAGCAGCGAGCAGGCUGAGAACGAGGAGGAGGCGUCCUUGGCCGACACGCGCUCGGAUGUGACACCCAGCACCUCCCUGGCCGAGGAGGGCAGAGCAGCCGUCGAUUCCCUGGAGAAGGAGGCCAGAGUGGAAGGCAAGGCCGUGAUGAACAACAACAUCGAGCUGUCCAUUGUGGAAGACGACGAAGAGUACGGGGUGCCUCUCGAGGUUUCUAGCCAGAAACUGUUCGACGAGAGAAGCAACCCGGUUGGCGGGGAGGUGGAACAAUCUGAUGAGGAAACGACCCAAGCGGCCGUCCUGCAGGUGGACCAAACCGCGUGA